CCCAGGGACGAGAGUGUGAAGUCAGGCCUCACAGGGGCAAGAAGAAAGCCGUCCAAAGCCAGCUGGUCUGGCUUUGAGGAAAACAAAGGAGUCAGAAAGCAAGAGAGAGAGAGAACGUGAGAGAGGAAGGCAGACAAAAAGAGAGACCGAGAACAAGGGAAAAAAUUAGGGUAAUACAAGGGAAAUUAAGAAACUAAGAGAGGCACAUCUGAGAAAAAUACCUGAGGAAGGCCUUAGCAGCAGGUUCGGUGAAAGUAAUCGAUCAUCACAAGAAACAGGGCAUUUUACCCGAGGAAGAGAAAGCACCAAGAAGCUCCAAGUAGAGAGAAGCACUGAAAGCAAAAGAAGAAAGAACGUAAAUAAGACUUGAGCUGGACAUUUGGGUCCAGGACUGAGAAUUGUGCUGCUUCAUUUGUUAGGAUCGUGGUGUGGACACCUGAAGAAAAAGACGCAGAAAGAAAAAGAGUGAGAGAGAAAGACUCGAGAAGAAAGAGUGGAGUACAAUGUGCUAGGGGAGUGAAGGCAGACAAACUCUCGUGUUUUUCUGAUAUUCUCGGAGUGUCAGAGAGACCAAGCAAGACGCCAAGAUGGGACGGAAGAAGAUACAGAUCACACGGAUCAUGGAUGAGAGGAACCGACAGGUUACCUUCACAAAACGGAAGUUUGGUUUGAUGAAGAAAGCUUAUGAGCUCAGCGUAUUGUGUGACUGUGAGAUUGCCCUGAUCAUAUUCAACAGCUCAAACAAACUCUUUCAGUAUGCCAGCACUGACAUGGACAAAGUCCUACUUAAGUACACAGAAUACAACGAACCCCACGAGAGCAGAACCAACUCUGACAUUGUAGAGAAAUUAAGAAACAAAGGCCAUAAUGACUGUGCCAGUCCUGACCCAGAUGACUGUUUCGGUCACAGUCCCCUCUUGGAUGAUCGUUUCGGCAAACUAAACGAAGAGAGUGAUUUAAUGUACAAGCGCUGUGGUGCGCUUAACAAGAAAGAACACAGAGGCUGUGAUAGCCCGGAUCCUGACGCCUCAUAUGUCCUCACCCCUCACACAGAAGAAAAAUAUAAAAAAAUUAAUGAAGAGUUUGAUAAUAUGAUGCGAAAUCAUAAAAUCCCGACGGCCUUGCCCCCGCAGAACUUCUCCAUGCAUGUGGCUGUGCCAGUGACGAACCCCAACGGCAUGUCCUACAACCCCGGGGCCUCUCUGAGCAGCCAGAGCCUGUCGGCCGCCACUGCCUCUCUGAGUGACAGUGCCAUGCUGUCUCCUCCUCAGGGUUCACUGCACAGAAACUUAGUGUCUGCUGGGCCCCCACAGAGGCCCCCCAGCACAGGCAGCGCAGCAGGAAAUGGCUUCGUUAACCAGAGGGGCUCGCCGGGGCUUCUGGGUACACCCAGCGGGAACGGGCUUGGUAAAGUCAUGCCUGCGAAGUCACCGCCGCCACAGGGGGUCAACAUGGGCAUCGGUAGCCGCAAGCCAGACUUAAGAGUCGUCAUCCCCCCAUCCAGCAAGGGCAUGAUGCCACCCCUGCAGUCGGAGGAGGAAGAGAUGGAGUUGAACACCCACAGGAUAAGCAGUGCCCAGUCAACCCAGCCUCUGGCCACACCGGUGGUCUCCAUCACCACCCCGAGUCUGCCACCACAAGGCCUGGUAUACUCAGGCAUGCCCACUGCCUACAACUCUGAAUACUCCCUGAGCAGUGCUGAGCUCUCCUCUCUGCAAGGCUUUGGCUCUCCAGGGCUCUCUAUAGGCUCAAUGUCGGCAUGGCAACAGCAUCAACUGGGCCAGGCAGCCCUCAGCUCACUGGUAGGUGGGGGCCACUUACCUCAGGGCUCAAAUCUCUCCAUCAACACAAGCCAGAAUGUCAACAUUAAAUCUGAGCCCAUCUCUCCUCCCCGCGAGCGCAUGACCCAAUCUGGUUUCCCACCCCAGCAGCAGCAGCAGCAGCCUCCCUCCGGCCGUCCAGACAUGGGCCGUUCACCUGUCGACAGCCUCAGCUCCUCCUGCUCCUCGUACGACGGAAGCGACCGAGAGGAUCACCGGCACGAUUUCCACUCCCCACUCGGCCUGGGUCGGCCCUCCGCCUCCGGGGCCAAAGAGAGGGAGAGCCCCACAGUCAAGCGCAUGCGCAUGGACGCCUGGGUGACAUAGAGCUGUCCAGAGCCUGACAGCCAGUCAGUCAGUCACACGCAGGGCUGGGCAGGGGGAAAGGGCGAGAGGAGUGACAGCAGGGAGGGUCAUUAUUGUUAUUAUUCUAUUGUUAUAAUUUAACGUCAUUUCAUUUUUUUUGUAAGUAGGUGGAUGGGGAAAGAAAUCGAAAAUGUCCUGACAUAUCGAAAUUAAGCAGAUGAGUGGAGAGAGAGGGAAAUUCACCAAUGAAUGGUGUACUAAAAAAAAUAAAAAAAAAAAAGAAAAAAAAAAUGGUGUUAUCAGGUACUUGAUGCAAAUUGCAUUGUGCAAGAGUCCAAUGUAUGAGGAAAAAAUUUUGUCAUCACUGGUGCAGUUUGACACUUGUAGCUGUUUUCGCUGUUUAAUUUGCAAACAAUCAAAGAAAGUUUAGGGGCGGCUUUCUUUCUGAAGGCUCCUGCCUGCUGGGCUCAUGUAUUUAACAAUCUGUAUCUGCACUCGCCCUUAUAUGAAGUAAGUCACUUAUUAAUUUAUUUUAAGGUAUUUGAUGAUAAAUUUGGAUCAGUUUUACGAGGGAGGGUUUGUAUCUUAAAAUGAGAUCACAUUUCACCUCAGUUAAGACAUUAAGUGAAAGAAAUGAAAAUGUCUCUAAAUUAAUAAUAGUCGCUGAUUAAAUUUUCAGUCCUUUUAUUUGCGUUCUUAAUAAAUUGGAAAAGAAGAGGUAGCCCAGUCGACUUAGAGACGAUAGCAAGUCAUUGUACAUUCAUGCAGCUCCAACAACUCAAUGGUAACGCAAGCCAAAGCCUCUAUGUAAUUUUGUCGUACUGUAGGUUGGGAAUUUUCAGCAUUUCUCUCUCGGUGUUUGUUUCAUAUUAGUUCUGUCAUAGUGUGCAUUGUUACAAGCAUUGGAAAACGAUUAACAUGCAAAGCAGAUCUUGAAACGAUAUCUAAAGCCAUGAACACUUGCUGUUCUGUUUGUAAAUUAAAGAUUUGAGCCAAACUUUUUUCUUUUGUUAUGUACAUAGCAACUUUAAUAUAUAUCACCUUUGGUGUAAGUACGUAUGUAUUGUACCUUCACCAGAUUCAAGAAAAAAGUAUAUUUUUGUGGAUUACUGCCAAGUUUACAAGGCAAGAUCCUUAUUAAGUAGAGUAUUCACUGGUUAAUAUUUACUAUUUUGUUAACUAUACUGUACUUUCUUCAAAUCUGACUAUUAUUGGUAAUAAUCAAGGUGUUUUUUGUUUAGUUUUUUCCUUUCCAAGAAGGUCAUUUUUGGGUCGUUUACCCUUUAAUGGUGGUGAAUGUCUGUCCAUAAGAAAUUGUAACAACAGAGCUGUAUGAUUCGAGCUCAGCUGUCUUUAUUUUGUUUUGUAAUGAUACUUGUCAUGCUAAGAAAAAACUAUGGUUGCAUUUCUUACAACUGUUUUGUGAGGGAUUAUCCUGCAGCUGCCGAAUACACUGCCUACUUUAACCCAUCACAGCUUAGAUGCACUAUUCAUUGAAAUCCAGUAAAAAGACAUUUCUCUUUACAGU